GUUUGGGCCGUCGUAAGGCCGAAGUCAUGCUUUUCCUUAAAUAACACUACGAGUUACCAAAUUACCCCUCAGCUAAUUUGCUGAGAAUCCACGCUAUUAAGGGGUAGAAUUAAGAUUAGCCAACAUUGCCAAUUAGAGAUCCAACGGCUGAAAAAGCUAUUUCUUGGGGAACAUGCAAAGAUCUGACCCUUAAUUAAUAUUUUCACCAACCAAUAGACUCUCAUCCGCAGCUAUAAAACCAACCCUUUUCCUCUACUGGUCCACCACUCGUCUGCCUUCUUCCGCAUCUCUUUUCAUUUCUCUCUGAUUUCUCGAUCUCUCCGUCCAACUAUGUCUGCCUUCACAAGCAAAUUCGCCGAUGAGUUGAUCGCCAACGCUGCCUACAUCGGCACACCUGGAAAAGGUAUUUUGGCUGCUGAUGAGUCCACUGGUACCAUUGGAAAGCGUCUUGCGAGCAUCAACGUCGAGAACGUUGAGACCAACAGACGUAACCUCCGUGAGCUUCUCUUCACCGCCCCUGGUGCUCUUCCAUGCCUCAGUGGUGUCAUCCUUUUCGAAGAGACUCUGUACCAAAAGAGUUCCGAUGGUAAGCUUUUCGUUGAUAUCUUGAAGGAAGGAGGAGUUCUUCCCGGUAUCAAGGUUGACAAGGGUACCGUUGAGCUAGCUGGAACCGACGGUGAGACCACCACUCAAGGUCUUGACGGUCUCGGUGACAGAUGCAAGAAGUACUACGAAGCUGGUGCUCGUUUCGCCAAGUGGCGUGCAGUCCUCAAGAUCGGAGAGAACGAGCCAUCUGAGCAUUCCAUUCAUGAGAACGCUUACGGAUUAGCUAGAUACGCUGUUAUCUGCCAAGAGAACGGUCUUGUACCAAUUGUCGAGCCUGAGAUCCUAGUCGAUGGAUCCCAUGACAUCCAGAAGUGUGCUGCCGUGACUGAGCGUGUCCUUGCAGCUUGCUACAAGGCUCUUAGCGACCACCACGUCUUGCUCGAGGGUACACUCUUGAAGCCUAACAUGGUUACUCCCGGAUCUGACAGCCCCAAGGUUUCACCUGAAGUCAUCGCUGAGCACACCGUCCGUGCCCUUCAGAGAACCGUCCCAGCAGCUGUUCCAGCCAUUGUCUUCUUAUCUGGAGGACAGAGCGAGGAAGAAGCUACCAGGAACUUGAACGCCAUGAACCAGUUGAAGACCAAGAAGCCAUGGUCAUUGUCUUUCUCAUUCGGACGUGCGUUGCAGCAGUCUACCUUGAAGACAUGGGCAGGUAAAGAGGAGAAUGUCAAGGCAGCUCAAGAGGCGUUGUAUGUGAGGUGCAAGGCUAACUCUGAAGCCACACUCGGAACCUACAAGGGUGACGCUAAGCUUGGUGAUGGAGCAGCUGAGAGCCUUCACGUGAAGGAUUACAAGUACUGAGCAUCGUCCACGGGUUGAAUUGUGACGUUUGUCAUCUUCCUGGAUAUAUUUCUAGGGAUUUUUCGUUUUUCUACUUGACAUUAUCGGAUUAUAAGUGUUUUUUCUUCAUUUUCCUUUUGGAUUUGUGUUUUGAUUUUGAUUGGGUUUUGUUUUUUAGAAUUGAGUAUUUUAAAAACACGCCCAAAUAAAAAAGUCAUUUGAGGUUAUUUCUGUUGAACCUCUUGUGGAAUUUGAAAAUCAGUUUCUGUUGAUUUACCGCUUCUUGAGCCUAAAUUAUUGUAUUUGGUUCUCUGAUUCGUAUAUGAAAUCUCGUCUUUUAAACACAUAAAAAUCUGUCUAUGAAGAGUAUGAACCAAGCGUUCCUGUUUCAUUUUUUCAACAAUAUGACUAGUAUGUGAGAGCAUAAUUGCUAUAUGAGGCUACAACCAUAAGCUGAAAGGAGCCUCGAACAAGAUUCAGAAACAUAGGAAAGUUAUACACUUUCUCAAUUAAUUUGCAGACACAAGAAUAUGAACAAGACUGUAGUGUGUUUUCAUUGUCUUCAAAAGCAUUCCAAAAGCCAGCUUAUUGCCAAAUGCUGUAAUGAGAAUACACAGCUAAUUUAUGAUAUUCUGUUUAUGUGUAAGAUGGGCCUC